UCAAAAAGUCUCUUUUUGUUAGUUCUUUUUUCCUAUUAAGGUAGGCUCUUUUUUUUUUUUAAUUACUAUAGUGUAUUAACAAAAGGAAUAUAAAGAUAAGAAGUUGCAUAUGAGGAGAAGAGCAUCCAAAUAUCGAACGACUUGUUUACAGAGAUCAAGACUAAAGCUGUUGGAACCUCUGUUCAUAAACACUUUUAUUAAGAAGUUGAAAUGCCAAGAUUAAGGGGAUCAGAGAUGCUUCAAAGGAAAUCACCUCGAGUACCUUUGCAACUCAGAACAUCAAGCUCUGAUUCUGAUCAGAGAAGUCCUAAGUUAGGUGAUCGUAGAUCUCCACAAGGCGCUCAAUCUGAUCCAAUAAAACAAAAGAAACUUGGUACAAGAAUUGCAGAUUUGGAUACUCAACUUGGACAAGCACAAGAAGAGCUUAAAUAUCUUAAGGACCAACUAGCUUCAGUUGAAGCAGCAAAGAAAGCAGCUCAAGAACUGCUUGAGAAAACCAAGAAAUCAACUGUCCCAGAGCCUGAGGAAAUCCAAGAAUCUAAGAGCAAAUUAAAAAUCCAAGAAAUCGAUGUUUUUGAAGUCCCAAAUGUUGAAAUUAGCCAGCCCACUAAUGAAAAGAUCAGCACUUUAUCAGUUGCUGAACCAGAGAAACCAUCACCUGAGGAGUUGGCUUUGAAGAAUGAAGAAAUAAGCUUUUUGAAAGCCAAGUUGGCAAAGAAGGAUCAAGAAUUUCAGGCAUUUUUCCAAGAAAAUGAAAACCUGAAGAAGGAACUGAAUGAAAUGACUCGGGAAAUUUCAUCCACUAAGGCAAAAACAGAGGAAAUGAAUCUCAAGUUUAACCAAGUUACUCUAGAACUGGAAACAACAAAGAAGAAUGCUUCUAACAUAAAUGAGAAACUUGAAGCCACCGAAAAGGCAAAGGAGGAAUUAGAAAGUGAGAUGAAGAAACUCAGAAUCCAAACAGAACAAUGGAAGAAAGCUGCAGAUGCUGCUGCAGCUGUGCUGGCAGGGGAAGUGGAGAUGAAUGAGAGAAGGCUCUCUGAGAGAUGUGGAUCAAUGGAUUAUAAGCGAUACAGUAAUGUAUUUGAACCAACACUUGGAGGAUAUGGUUGUUACAUGGGUUCACCAGGACUUAUCGACGACGUUGAUGAUGGUUUUGGACAUGUGAAGAGAAAAAGUUCUGGCAUUAAGAAGUUUGGAGACCUGUGGAGAAAGAAGGGCCAGAAAUAAGCUAUUUCUGAACACUCAAAAAGACUAAUAUCAGAAAUGGUUGCUCACCAUUUCAAUUUUCUUGCCAACUUUUUGAAUCUUCUUCAUGACAUCUAACCAAUUAUAAUAUGCUGCAUUUAGAUUUCUUGGUUAGUUUUUCGCAGGAGAGUAAAGACCUGUCAUUUAGGAGUAAUUGGAUCCAAAAUCUGAUAUGUUGAAGCUUAGUAGUUUCUGUUACUCUUGAGGUUCAGCAGUCAUGACAGUUGGCAAAUGUGUUAGAUCUUGCUUAGUCGUUCAUCAUUGUUAAAUGUAGUAAAUGAAAUGAUAACCUACUACAUAAUCACGGAUGAACAUUUAUUAUCUAGUAGAAAAUAUCCUCACAAAACAAUCAAGUAACAGUUCAAAUGGAAUAUGGAAUGUCAUAUGGGAGUUUCAGACCUUUCAACCGAAGAGGAAGCAUAGCACGUACUACAAAGGAAGAUAACCAUACUCCUGAAAGUUUCUAACAUUGAAAUCUUGAAGUUCCAAUCCCGAAUUUACUGUUUUGAGCAAACUGAAUGAGCAAACUUAUCUGUUUUGAGCCACAUUAGAGCUUCAUGUAUUACUUAUCUUGUUUCCUUUUUCUUUUUCAAAUAGUGUUGGACCAGCUAGUGCCACCUCAAUUACUCAAUUAUCUGUUACCCUCACUAAUACAAGUACCAGGUAACUCAACCCAUCAAGAUUGAGGAAAAUUGGGAGGAAUCACCUAGAAUUUGAACUAUGG